CGCUGCUGUGAGAGCCGCGCUCCUCCAUCCAGCCAGCCCUACUGUACUGUACCGUGCAUGGCCUGCUACUGCAGCUACAGCUACAACUGGUGGAGGCAAGAAUGACACCGGCGCUCCCCUGCUGCAUCCACACAACCUGAUCGUAUAAGGAACGGAUCUAAUUAAUUUCUAUUCAGAAAAAAAAAUACCACAACGAUGGCGCGCGUCAUUCCACCGGCUGUCCGGACACGUCUCAUCGCGGCUGUUUUCACAUUCACUGCGUUAUGGGGACGCGCGCUCUCCAUCACCCGGUACUCUAUACCGGAGGAGAUGGAAGAGGGCUCCUUUGUUGCCAACCUGGCCACGGAUCUGGGUCUGGAUGUUCGCAGUUUGGUGCAGCGCAGCGCCAAGCUCGAUGUCAUCCACAGCAAAAAUUACCUCGACAUCAACAAAGAGACGGGGGAGCUGGUGAUCCGCGAGAAGAUCGACCGGGAGAGCAUAUGCAUGACCAAAACCACCUCGUGCUUUCUGAAAAUGGAUGUCAUACUCGAGAACCCCAUUCGAAUUUUCAACCUCGAAUUGGAGAUCAUGGACAUAAACGAUAACGCGCCAGUGUUCCGCAGGAGGACAAUGCACUUGGACAUAUCAGAGGCAACCCCUCCCGGUGAGAGGUUCUCAUUGACAAACGCGGUGGAUGCAGAUGUGGGGGCGAACUCCAUCAAGACCUACUAUCUCAGUGAGAGCAAAUACUUCAACAUUGACAUACAAACUGGCAGCGAUGGCUCCAAAUAUGUCGAUUUGGUGCUGAACGGUCAAUUGGACCGGGAGGAGCAUGGGGUUCAUAAUCUGAUUCUAACCGCUGUGGAUGGAGGAGUGCCUCCACGCUCCGGCACAGCCAGCAUCGUUAUUAACGUCCUGGAUAUCAAUGACAACGCCCCCCUGUUCAGUCAGCCGGUGUUCACAGUCAAUGUCUCCGAGAACUCGGCUGCAGGGACAGUUGUCAUGACCUUAAACGCGACAGACUUGGACGAAGGCACGAAUGCUCAGUUGAUAUAUUCAUACACGCUGUACACCUCGGAGAAGACCCAAGAGCUCUUCUCGCUCGAUCCGAACUCAGGUGAGAUCAAGGUGAAGGGGGUGAUCGACUACGAGGAGAGUCAGAGUUUCGAGAUGCACAUCCAGGCUCAGGACAGAGGGGUCAACCCGAAGUCGGGGACAUGUAAAGUCACGGUGUUUGUAACCGAUCUGAAUGAUAACUACCCCGAGGUGACCAUUAAGUCCGUGAAGAGUUCCCUGACCGAGGACGUCUCUGUCGGGACGCUGAUCGCGGUGGUCAGUGUCAGCGACAGGGACUCCGGGGCCAAUGGGCAAGUGGUGCUCACUUUGAACCGGCAAAAGUCGUUGCCGUUCCUCCUGAACAAAUCCUCAGAGGGUUACUUUGAGCUGCUGGUUUCGAAGCCGCUGGACCGAGAGGUGAUAAGCAAAUAUGACAUCACGCUGAGGGUGACGGACAAAGGCUCGCCGCCUUUAUCUGAAAACGAAACCAUCACCUUAGAGAUCCUGGAUGUCAAUGACAACGCGCCCGCGUUCUCCCAGUCCUUCUACACGAUCCACGUCAUGGAGAAUAACCCCCCGGGGGCAUUGUUGACAUCUCUUAGUGCGUUUGACCCGGAUCUCAAUGAGAACCAGUACUUGGUUUAUUUCAUAAUGGAGAAAGAGAUUGUUAACACGUCCAUGUCAAUGCUGUUCUCCAUCAACCCUGAGAACGGUGAUCUUUACGCCCUGAAGACCUUCGACUAUGAGAGAGAGAGGGAUUUCCUCUUCCACAUCGAGGCUAGAGACUCUGGCCUCCCCCCGCUGAGCAGCAACGUGACAGUUCACAUCAUCAUCCUGGACCAGAAUGACAACACUCCUCUCAUAGUGUCACCUUGGCGGGCGCAGGGCUCCGUGGUAGAGGAGGUGAUACCGAGAUCCACGGAUAAGGGGCACCUGAUAGCCAAAGUGAUCGCCAUUGACGCAGAUUCUGAGCAGAACGCCAGGGUCACAUAUCAGCUCCUACAGAUCACCGAUUCGACCCUCUUCAGCCUGGAUCAAUACAACGGUGAAAUCCGGACGACGAGGAUGUUCAGCUACAGAGACCCGAGACAACAGCGGUUGGUGAUUGUCGCCAAAGACAACGGCGAACCUGCCCUCUCCGCCACCGUCACCAUCAAGAUAUCAACAGUGGAGCACGUCAUGUCCUUUUCGGAGACCACAGAGUUGCCACUAGAGUACGACGUCUUCACAGACCUAAACCUGUACUUAGUAAUCGGUUUAGGGGCCGUGUCAUUUCUGCUACUAAUAACCAUCUUGGUUAUUAUCGUGCUGAAGUGUCAAAAGCCAAAGCCAAAGCAAUUCAAGAUCCCCCCUCCCAACAGAAACAGUGUGGUCAGCAGGAACAGCGUGAUCAGCCAGAGGAGCUCCACCAUCGCAGAUUCCACCCUGAUCUCCAGCGAUGCCUACUGGUACAGUUUGUUCCUCGCAGAGACCCGGAAAGGCAAAGUGGUCGUGAGGCAGCCGAUAAUUCCCAAAGGAGCUGGGUAUUUUGUGUCCAGUAUACCCAGGAGCAUAGGGCCAAGCGAGACCACAGACUCCAGAGCGUCCACACUGGAGUACUCAAAAUGAAAGGAAGUCCAUUCUACAACUGGAGCAGGAGCCCAGAAGAGAACUGCCAUGAUAUAAUCAUCUCUUCAUGGGAGUCUCUGGCUGGAAUUCUUCCCUGUGACUCACAAAGAAGAUGUAAAACAACUGUCCUCCCUCGGUCCCUCUGCUCCAACUCGUUCCUUCUCUCUCUAGCUCCCUCCAAAUCGUCCGUACAAACAUCGACCACGAACCACCUCAGCUUCCUACCGUCUUUUCUCUUUUAAUAAGCAUGGAUCUGCAUGAUUCUACAACAUAUUUGGACCGAGAAUUUAAAUCAUUUAUGGCAGGAAAUUUGGACAUUUCUAGAGUUGCCUCAUGUAGUAAAUCAUUCCUUCCUUAACGCUUUGAAACUCCUCAGUGGACAAAUUUGCCUUCUCUCCAGGGCUUUUACGCUGUGUGCUGUAGUUCUAGAAAACCAUCUCAACUUACAACUUAUAAGUCGACAUCAUGCAAGCUUCAAAACACGCCUAUUCACAAACACACACACGAAUCAGGGCGAAUAUGAUUCUUCCGUAAGUCUGAUGAAUACCGAACUGUAGCUGGUUACGUCACUGAUUCAGGCUUUGCACUUGGUGUUUAUCUUUUUUGACUAAUAAUUUCUACUGUAUUAUGAGUCUUGCCGUUCAGCAAGGGUCACUUCUGUCAACUGGUAACUUGCCGUUAAAAUAAUCAAUGAUCCAACUUUUUUUUUUUUACGAUGUUUGUUGUACUCAACAGUGAUGAAUGUGUGAAAAUGACAAAAAAAGAAUGAAAGAACAUAAAACUGUAAAAGGGAAAAAAACAAACAUAGGAGAUACAUUGGACCUCAUGCAAUAACCGCUCGUACGAAUAGAUUCAAUCUUAAAUGGCUUGUACGAGUGAUUUAAGAUAACUUUUUGAAGUUUCUCUUAUACACAAACACAAUUUAUGAGUGGUCCAGACCUGUCUAAGUUUCAUUACUUUGAAGCAAUUUUGAGUUUAUGUUGACUUCAUCCUGUUUGACUCUGCAAAUCAAAUUAUAAUAUAAUUCAAAAUGUAUUCAUAUAGCCUAAUGAUAUCAUCAGAAAUUUAAAUUGGCCAUUGAUGCUAUUGUAUAACACUACAAUAUCAAUAUGAACGUCUCAGACUGCAAAACGACUUAGAUUACGCACUAAUUGAAGGUUAAUUUGUCUCUGUAUAUACAGCAAUAAGGUCAAUGGGAAGUGUAACCGGGCGCGUCGUGGCUGACUUAAGGUACGUGUCCACAGGCUCCGUGCUAUCCACGCUUCCCAUUCAUUGUCUAUGUAAGCAGCCGUGCGAUGCAUUCUGGCAGUGUGGCGGUGCGAUUUAAGAGACAGACCGUCAUAUCGGCCGCUCCUCAUUUGCAUGAAGUUGAGGUCUUGUCGACUUUAUGCAAACUACGGGCGUCCGGUGCGACUCGACGCCUCUGGAAACUCACGAGAAACUUUUAAACGCAGCGUUGUCGAUCCAAAAUAAAGACAGAUUCAGCAACUGCAUGGCUUAUAAAAUGUUUUCAGAAACACAUUUCGGUGAACGAGCCGCCGUGUUGUUUGCGGUUUGAAAGCUCGGAGCAGCAGCCCACGAGGGAAAGCGUUCGUCCAAUCAGGUGCCUAUAGGGCCUUGUGUCAAGUGACAGCCCAUCAAGCGCCCGAUGCUGAGAAGCGAGGUGAUCCCUCGUAAUAAAAAACGGCCCUGUGGUUACAUACCAUUACUUCUUUUGGAUGCUUUAGUGCGUCAGGCCUUUGGAAGAGAGUGCGCUGAUAUAUUGGACAGAUGAAAUGGGCAGGACACAUAGCCUAAGGGCGUUAAUUAUGCUAAUUUACGCACAGGUGGCAUUCAUCAUGUUUACGCAGGUCAUUUACACAGUUAUCUGAAGUUAGGAGCAUUUGCUGAAUCUAACGUGGCACAUUCGUACGAGCCCACAGUACUAAUAGUAAGAAAAUGUUCUUGCAUGAGGCCCAUUGUUUCUCAUUUUAUUUGAUUGUAGAUACUGUAGUUCUAUAGAAAUUAUAAUGAAGCAAAAAUACUUUUGAGAUCCUCACUAACAUCAGGUGUACAGUUCAUACCUUAGAGAUAUGUGUGCUGUUAUAAAGUAUCUCACUGGGCACACUGGCUGUAUUGGGGAAACACACGAAUUACACUGCAAUGUUGAAUUUUCUGAACCAUGAUCAUGCUCAAAAUCUAGAAUAUACUGUUUCAGCUUGUUACCUGAGUGAGGGUGCAUGAGGGAGGAAUUCUGACAUCACCAAAGGGGGGCGGGGCCAGAGUGGGCAGCGUGUAAUACAUGGAAACACGAUGAAGCGUCAAAACAGGGUCAAAUGUCAAUACCUACAGAAGCCCUAAACGGACAUGAUCCCAAAACAUUUUUUAAUGCCGUUAUCUCGAGAUCACAAAUAAAUGAUAUAAUUAUUUUGAGAUAACAAGGCUUGUUUUCUCAAGUUAACGACAUAUAUAACUCGUAAUCUUGAGAUAAUGGUAUUAAAAAAUGUUUGAUUUAUGUGUGUUUAGGGCUUCCAUAUAUUCUUUGUAACAAUAUUUUGCUUUUCAUGCUUAUAAGCUAGCAUCGUCCCAAUCUAAUUCCCACUGAUAAGUUGCUGAUAGUAGCUGGCAAUUCAAAUAUGAACUGCAAUCAUUCAUUGCACACGGUGCAAAUCAUAUUAUUCAAUCCAAAAAAAAAAGAAAAAAAUACAAUUACAGUGGAAGUUUGAAAAAAAAUAUUUUGUAAUGAUAAAUACUCUGUUUAUUGAAAAGAGUGAGAAUAUUAAAAAUGUAUUAAUCUUUGCCAUGGUACAAGGGAAUAUAAGGUCCAUGAGGCAAGGUAUUGUUUUAUGAAUAUUCAUGUUUUUAUAGAUAUUUUAUGUAUUAACUUUUAAUGCUGCUUUCGUGAGCGUCUUCAAGGGCAUUUUGUGUUGCAUAUUUGUAGUUUAGUGCAUUAUGAUGUUGUUUUUGAUAGUGUACAUAAUCGAAACUAUAGUACUACUUUUCUUGACCUCAAAGGUAGCGCUGUUGCACUACUGAGAAGCCCAGGACUUUGAUUUCUCAGAAACAAGGAGCUCAUUAGGACCACUUAUUAGGGUGCUAAAUGAUCCAAUCUAAUUGGGCGAGGUGGGGAGACGGGAUCGGGAGGAGGAGAAACACGGCGCUAAUUAUAGUUGCAGUAUUCCAGUGCUGACUCUGCAAGAAAAAAGCUGAACACAUAGACGGUGCAUAAGAAGUAUUAAGCCGAUGAGAGCACUUUGAAAUAUGCACCGGAUCUAAAUGUGAUCGCAGCACUCGCUCGGUAAUGCAGCGAAUAUUUCUCGAUGUAUCGAGCUUCAUGUUCUGAGUCAGGGAAAUCUGACCUCUCUUAUCCUCUCCCACUGUUGCCUGGGUGUUGGUUGUGCACCAGGCAUCCCAGACACAAACACAGCUGUCUGUCUGUCGGACUGAAGAUGUCACUUAAUGAGGGAUCACUUGCUGUGGCGUUAUGUGUGCAAUCAAUGCCUGAACCGGUUGAUUCCAACAAAGAAUUCAUGAAUUGCACAUAUGAUGAGCUCCUUGCGUGCCUUCUGCAUAUGUAAAAGAUAUAUGUGACUGUUGAUGAAUGAAAUAACGGCAUGUCAUACAAUAUUACAAAUAACAGUUACACUACCCUAAUGAUAAAGUACCUUGAAGCGCUAAGGCGUUGUUGGUUUCGGAGCAGAUGUUCUCUUAAGAACCGGUAAAUGCAUUUACUGUAAAUUUUAACUGCUUUAUACUUUGUGUUUUUUUAUACCGUAGACUUUUUUGAUAUCUUCUGUAUUCACUGUGAUCAAAUGGCACAGGAGGUGCUCGUGCUUGGUAUAGUAAAAAAAAGUGCGUUAUUUCUCAUUCGUGUACGCAGCUCAGUUCUUCCUCCGCUAAUUUUGCCAGUCAGAUUGUACAGUAUGCUUCGAGAGUCGCAUCAAAAACCCAAUCCAGUUCCAAACCACUUAGUGGAUCAAAGACAGUAUGGGAGAGAAUGGUCUCGCUUUAUUUUCCAAGUCUGGUUAAUUGUCGAAUUUUUGAUGUUGCUUAUUUGGCUUAAAUGUUCUCUGCCUGAUCAUGCUAGUUUGAAUAAAGCUUUUUAAUCUGUC